CGAAGCUCCCAGCAGUUUGGAUCGCCUCCUGGGCGCAUCUGGAUCGCAGGUUGCUGCUGCUGGUUCUGCAUUGGAGGAGUCAAGAGAAUGACCCUGCACAAGGCUAUUCUGGAAGAGAAUAUUUCGCUGCUCACUGUUCUAAAAGCGCACGCAGCAAAAUAAUAUAGCAAAAGAAGAUGGGCCAGUCCUACCAUCAGGCAUCAGAUACUGUACUGGGAACCUGUUCAAAGAGAGAACUGUGCUCCAUGUGUCUUGCCCUGUGAAUGGAAUAAGAAGAGAGGGUGUCAUCUUGUUCCUAGCCUCAGCAUCACCAGCAGGACCUGUCAGAAAAAGAAGAAUUAUUAGCCACUUUUACUGCCAGCACAGAGAAAAUGCCUGUUGCUUCUACAAACUCUGAGACAGCCAUGCAGCAGGUCUUGGACAACCUCAGUGACCUCCCUAACUCUAUGGGGGCUGGAGAUCUGGAUCUCAUCUUUCUCCGUGGCCUCAUGGAGAGUCCAAUAGUAAGAUCAUUGGCUAAGGCUCAUGAGCGGCUGGAGGAGACAAAGCUGGAGGCCGUGAGGGACAACAAUUUGGAGCUGGUCCAGGAGAUCCUGAAAGACAUCACUUGCAUCGCCCAGCAAGACAGUACGGCUGCCGAACUGGCUCGCAUCCUCCAGGAACCCCACUUCCAGUCCCUCCUGGAAACCCACGAUUCAGUUGCCUCCAAGAGCUACGAGACUCCACCACCCAGUCCCAUCCUGGACCCCAUGUUCAACAACCAGCCUGUGCCCCCAGAUGCUGUGCGCAUGGUGGGGAUUCGUAAGACUGCUGGGGAACACCUGGGUGUUACAUUCCGGGUGGAACGUGGUGAGCUGGUCAUUGCACGCAUCCUGCAUGGUGGUAUGAUUGACCAGCAAGGGCUGCUGCAUGUGGGCGACAUCAUCAAGGAGGUGAAUGGGCAGGAAGUGGGCAGUGACCCUCGGGCACUCCAGGAGGUGCUGAAAAACGCCAGUGGAAGUGUUGUGCUCAAAAUCCUGCCCAGUUACCAGGAACCACACCCACCACGUCAGGUUUUUGUGAAGGCCCACUUUGAUUAUGACCCUGUCACUGACAACCUCAUCCCAUGUAAAGAAGCUGGGCUCAAGUUUGUUGCUGGAGACCUCCUUCAGAUUGUCAACCAGGAUGACCCCAACUGGUGGCAGGCCUGCCAUGUUGAGGGAGGUAGCGCAGGGCUGAUCCCAAGCCAACUACUGGAGGAGAAACGCAAGGCAUUUGUAAAGCGUGAUGUUGAAGUUACACCAUCAUCAGGUGCCUUGUGCGGAAGCCUCAGUGGGAAGAAGAAGAAAAGGAUGAUGUACCUGACCACCAAAAAUGCAGAGUUUGACCGUCACGAACUACUCAUCUAUGAAGAGGUGGCUCGCAUGCCUCCAUUCCGUAGGAAAACCUUGGUACUCAUUGGUGCCCAAGGAGUGGGCCGUCGGAGUCUUAAAAACAAACUUAUCAUGUCUGAUCAGUCUCAGUAUGGAACCACCAUCCCAUACACUUCCCGGAGACCCAAAGAACAUGAAAAAUCUGGUCAGGGCUACUCCUUUGUAACAAGGGGAGAGAUGGAGGCAGAUAUCAAAGCAGGCCGUUAUUUGGAGCAUGGCGAGUACGAGGGAAAUCUCUAUGGGACCAAGAUUGACUCUAUCCAUGAAGUUGUUGAGUCAGGCAAGAUGUGCAUUCUGGAUGUCAACCCACAGGCAGUGAAGGUUUUGAGGACAGCUGAAUUCGUCCCUUACGUUGUGUUCAUUGAAGCACCAGAUUUUGAGACUCUGCGAGCCAUGAACAAAGCAGCUCUGGAGAGCGGAGUGGCUACCAAGCAACUCACAGAUGCUGACUUGAAGCGGACAGUCGAUGAGAGCUGCCGAAUUCAUCGAGGCUAUGGGCAUUACUUUGACCUCUGCUUAAUCAAUGACAACAUGGAGCGGACAUUCCAACAACUGCAGGAAGCCUUGGAGAAGCUGCGUGCUGAACCACAGUGGGUUCCUGUUAGCUGGGUUUACUAGAGUGGUGCAAUCCUUCUACUGGCUGCAACAACAGAGCCUUGGCUUUCUCAUCUACCCCACUUGGCCAAGGGAUCCAGAUUUCUUUCCUGUUCCUCCUGACAAGUUUUCUACUUGUCAUCUGCCCCUUCUUGUCACCGAGCCCACCUAGGAAAUGCAGGUGGAGCUAAGCUGUUGGUAUCCAGUUCUAAAGGGAAGGUGCUUCCUCACUUCAUUCCAACCAACCAAGAACUCUUUUUCUACUCCCACAGAUAUGUGGAUGUCCUCUCUCCCAAUUCUUUCCAUCAUUGACAUUAAGAAGCCCUUUGAUGGAAAAUUCAGUGUAAUGAAUGCAGUAUUAGUGGGGCAGGACUGAGCAGGGCUACCAAAUACCCAUAAUGCCUUGCUAUGUCUGCUUCUCCUGAGCAUCUCAAUUACUGACUCCUUUACUGUCAGAAGGGUCAGGAAGACAGCAUCUCCUCUGAUCACAGCUAACUCACUGCCAAAAACACUGCUUCAUAGAUGGACCACAAUCUUGUUAUUGCCAAAAGAACUGCCAGACUGGGUUUUCUCCCCACAGGGAACAUUGGAAGAAGUGGAGGGAUGGAGGGUGGAAAUAUACCUUGCGUCUCUACAAAUUUGGUCUGUGCAAUAGUGUUGCAUGAUUUUGUGGGAUAUUAAAGGGGAACUGUAGACACAUCCAUAAAAAUGUUUGUGAGCAGGAAAAAUGCAACUUGGUGACCCUGUUGGAGGAACUUUGGUCUGGAGCCUACAGCCUUGCGUUCAGUCCUUGCAACUCACACAUACACAUACACUUACACAAACACAUAUACUCCAAUGGCCUCAGGUUUGCUUUUUUUAAAAAUGGGGCUAAAUUUUUAAGUAUUAUUAUUAGUAGUAUAAUGUUUACACCCUAUGGGAAUGUUUGAAAAGAUGGGAUCAUUAAUUGAAAAAACAUUUAUUUUGGGUGGGAUUCUUGUCCAAACUAUCAUCAAAGGCAGACCCAGAGCCUCAGCAACAUGCCAUUGAUGACCCUCGACCUCCCUAAAGGUCUCUGCUUUCCUGGGACCUUCAGAAAUUGAUGUUGGUCAUAGCAUACAACAACCUAAAUUUAGUCAAAGUAUCUUUCUUUAAUGUCUCAAUGAGAAUAUUCUUCCUUAUCCCAUCUUCCUCUCAGUAGCCAAUAUGCUAGUAAGAAAACUCCAUGGCUGGCAGAGAUAUCACUAAAUUUCAGAUCUCAGUCUUUGCUAUUGUUCAUCUUUACACAUUCAUCCCCACUUAUAUGAGCCCCAGAUCACUCCUGAUUCCCAGUACAUCCAAUGCUCCCUUCUUGGGCCAAUACUGCUUACAGAAGGAUGCCCACUGGGUUGGUGAUGUCAGGUAUCCAGACCUUAUGUUCCUCCCGGUCUUGACUUUCACCACAAGACUGCCUGCAGUGCUUUUAGGUCCCACCAGGAUUCUCCUUCUUCCUUCCAGAACCAGCAAUGACUACCUCACACUCUAUGGCAGCUGUUAAAAUGGUGGCACAAGCCGCUGCAGAGUGAGGGCAGAACCUUUGGGCUUGGCUUUUCACUGCCAGAUUAAUAAAGGGGGCUUGUUCACAGGGUUCUCGCUCUCACACACAUAUCCGUUUCUUAAUUCUAAAAGUCACACCUGCCCACCACUCCUGAUGUAAUCGCCAGAAACCUGCCAGCUCUGUCUUGUCCCCCCCUUUUUUUAAUAGGACAUGGUAAGGAGGAAAAGAUAGAAAGAUUUCCUUUAUCAGGCAGAACAAUACCUGUAGUUGGCUCAUUUACUCCAUGGACUCUGCCUCCAGAUUUCUGGGUUUUUUUUGGCACUCCCAGAAUUUAUUUCAAUAGCAGUUUCUAUAGCAAUAACUCCAUCUGCUGGAUAUCUAGUGAAGAAGUAUAUGGGGGUCCAUUAAUACCAUAAUACUAAAAUGCACAUGGUAUUGUACACAGUAUGGAGGGAGGAAUAAGAAGGGAGGGAAUGCAUUAAUGCUCCCUUGUACGUACUAGUCUGCUCACCAUUGGCAAGGGGAGAUGGCAUGCACUUGAGUAGAAUAGAAUUUCACAUACGUGAGUGAAGGGACAUGAGGAGAAGGAAGAGGAGGAAAAGGAAAGAUAUUAUUUCAUCUUUCCUUUGUGCCUAGCAUAGAAACCAAGCAGGCUUCCAGGAAAGAAGUGUAAUCCUCAUUGCUUCCCUAUCAACCCCUAGGAGGCUAAUACUUUAUUAUUGUUAUUUUUUAGGAUAGUAUGUUUUGCUAGCAGUGAAUGCUGCUGAGGAAAGGGGUUUUCAAAAGCUGCAUACAAUUCCCUGGGACUGUAGUACAGAGGAGAGGCCAUUGCAUACCUUCAUGCUGCAAAUCAGACAACUGGGUUGUUUACUCUAGGCCUUCCAAGUUACUAGUCCUCUGAGGACAUCAGCAUAUUGUGAGCAGAGCUAUCCUUCCACUACUGUUAGUUUUCUGUAGCAAUUACAGAUUUUCAAAUUUCCUUAGAAUGUAGGCACCUUUGUCUCAACUUCUCCCAGAAGAGCUAGAAGGGUUGGGAGGAACACACUCCAUAUUUUCUGUAGUGUGAAUGUGCUAUUGCACAUAGGCUAGCCAAACAAUUAAGCAUAGUAAGAAAACUAUUUAAUAGUUGGCAGUUGGUGGCUUCCAUCUCAAUGGAGUGACAAAUGUGCUCUGGAUUAACUUUAAAGGAACCAUCCAAGGUGCUAAAAAUAUUUCUGGGAUGUGGUUGGGUACCUUGGAUAGCUCAUUUAAAUUUCAUACUAUACCAGAGUAAUGUCUGGGCUGCAUUGCUUAAUUGCCAACAAGGUCCUGAAAGUGCCAAGAGAAAAUACUGUAUGUUCACAUAUUUUGAGUUGGGCGAUAAUUCCUAGAUUUCCCAAGUCAGCAUGGCCAGGGGUUUCUGGGAGCUGUGGUACAGGAAAGUAACUUUUCCUAGGCCUGGCAGAGACCAUUGCUGACACUGUCUCCCCUUGCUGUGGCCUGACCAUUCUGCGCAGUAUCAGGAGUUUGGAUCUUGCCAUCAUUUUAAUUUCCCACAGUGCAUUUAACUUAGUAUGUUACUCAAGGACUGGAGGAAAUUUAAAGGAUGUUUAAACCUACCAUUUUUAGGUGACUGGCACUACCAAAGCUUACUAAGUAAAGAAAGAGCAUGAGAGAAUACAGUACUUGAUCCAGUGUGUCUUUUGUUCUGGAGUUGAUUCUGGUACAGGUUGAAUCCCCCUCAUCUAGAAUUCUGAAAAUGGUAAUAUGCCAAAAACCAAAACUUUUUUUCAUGGUGGCUGAGAUAGUGCCAUGUUUGCUUUCUGAUGCUUCAGUGUAUA